GGGUGGGCCGAGAGCGCGGAGGGGCGAGGCCCGGCUGCAGGGGCCGCUCGGCCCAGGGGAGCCUGCGCCCCGCUCAGCCUUGCAUCCCCGCGCCCUGAGCAUCUCCCGGAGGAACGGAGACAAAGGAGGAUUCAUGUCCAAAGGGCUCCCAGAGACCAGGACGGACACAGCCAUGUCAGAGCUGGUGCCUGAACCCAGGCCUAAGCCGGCAGUGCCCAUGAAGCCCGUCAGCAUCAACUCCAACCUGCUGGGCUACAUUGGCAUAGACACCAUCAUUGAGCAGAUGCGCAAGAAGACCAUGAAGACUGGUUUUGACUUCAACAUCAUGGUUGUUGGCCAGAGUGGACUGGGCAAGUCAACGCUGGUCAACACGCUGUUCAAAUCCCAGGUGAGCCGCAAGGCUUCCAGCUGGAAUCGGGAGGAGAAGAUCCCCAAGACGGUGGAGAUCAAAGCUAUUGGGCAUGUAAUUGAGGAAGGUGGUGUCAAAAUGAAGCUGACCGUCAUCGACACCCCGGGCUUUGGAGACCAAAUCAACAACGAAAACUGCUGGGAGCCCAUUGAGAAGUACAUCAAUGAACAGUAUGAGAAGUUCCUGAAGGAGGAGGUGAACAUCGCCAGGAAGAAGCGCAUCCCUGACACCCGCGUCCACUGCUGCCUCUACUUCAUCUCCCCCACAGGACACUCCUUGCGACCCCUCGACCUCGAGUUCAUGAAACACCUCAGCAAGGUGGUGAACAUCAUCCCUGUCAUUGCUAAGGCUGACACUAUGACCCUGGAGGAGAAGUCUGAAUUCAAGCAGAGGGUUCGAAAGGAGCUUGAAGUAAAUGGGAUUGAAUUCUACCCACAGAAGGAAUUCGAUGAGGAUCUGGAGGAUAAGACGGAGAACGACAAAAUCAGGCAGGAGAGCAUGCCCUUCGCUGUGGUGGGAAGUGACAAGGAGUACCAAGUGAAUGGCAAGAGGGUCCUCGGCAGAAAAACUCCCUGGGGGAUCAUUGAAGUGGAAAACCUCAACCACUGUGAGUUUGCCCUGCUUCGAGACUUUGUCAUCAGGACCCAUCUCCAGGACCUCAAGGAAGUGACACACAACAUCCACUAUGAGACUUACAGGGCCAAGCGGCUCAAUGACAAUGGAGGCCUCCCUCCGGUGAGCGUGGACACAGAGGAAAGCCACGAGAGUAACCCCUGAUGACCCCUUUUCUGUGUCGUCACACAUAUCCACUUCUCCAUACACACACAUCCCAAGUACCACCUCCAACCACUUCUUCCUUCAGCUCUGUCCCACAGGCCUGUCUGGUAUUUGUGGAACAUCUUGUCUACAUUGUGUAUGUGUAUGCGUGUGCGUGUGCAUGUGUGUGUAUGAAAGAGAAAAUGAGUGUAUGUGUGUGUGUGUGUGUGUGUGUGCGCGCACAGGGACGAGGUAUUUUUAUUGCCUUCCCUAAAAGUCCCUUGUAAGUGUGGUUCUCCUCAUGAAUGUCUUCUUUCCUCCUGUCCCAGAACAAAGCUGUGCACCUCACUCCAGAGGUCUGGGAGGGUUAGACACAGAUGCUGGGAGCAGGUGACCCACAGGACAGCAAAUUCCUUUUUACUUCUGUCCUUGUCCACAAACUGGGGCUGCAGAAAUUCUCCAAGGACAGGUGGCUGAGCUAGACUGGGUGGUGGGGGGAGGGAGUUCAGGGCAUCUUCCCUGUGAGUUGGGGUGGCCUGGGUAAGGUGGGGACGUCCUGGGAAAAGGAAAAGGACGUUCACAGGGAAGCACAGAACUGUGUCUGAGCUGGGUUCCUGCAGAAAGAACUGGUGCCUGAAAGUGGAGUACACCCUUUGGUCUGUGUCAAGGUCACUGUUCAAAAGCUACCAUGUCACCAUCAAAGACUGCUGCUUUUUCUUGCUCACCUGGCUUUUGUUCCCAGGCUGGUCUCCUGCCUCUGCUGGUCUCCUGCCUCUGCUUUCUCUCUUUCCCACUUUCCCUCCCUUCUUCAUGUAUCCCUUCUCCCUCCCUCUCCGGCCUGUCCCUGACAUCUUUCACUUCCUUUUAGAGGAGUCCACUUAGCUUCAUUUCUAUAUUUAGAAUUUAUGCCCAGUCUACUACCAAAAAAUAACUUUAGGUCACCCUAAAGUAAGAUCACAAGUAAAAGCACUUCGAAGUACAAUCUGAGAUUACAGGAGGAAUCAGAGCCAUAGAGAGAAAUGGGAGAGUUUCCCCAGUCGAGACACGAAAUUGGCUGUGAACUUGUGGGGCAGCAAACGCAAAGAAAGAAGUCGAGGGGGGUGGGGUUUCUGCAGUUGACAAUUAGAGGAACACGUGUGCUGAUAAAAUGAAGCAGCUUUUUUUGGGGGGGAAGGGGUGAGGGCAUUAAAUUCUAGAACAAUCAAUUCCAAUGAAGUAUCAGAAAAAUGUACAAUGUACACCACUUCUCAGUGGUCUGGCUUCCAGGAUGGAUUUUAGACCACACUUCCCUUUUUCCCAUCAGACUUCUGUCCCUGGUGAGCUGGCUUCUCUGUGGCUCCCUUUGUCUCAGACUUACUUGACUCCCUCUUCUCUGUUCUUUACUCUUGUUCUAAGGUGAAUUGCAAUUGUGUUUGUCUUUCUCUUCCUCACUCCACACCCCUCCUCCUGACUCCUGUAGACAUUCCCGGUGACACCCCUAACCAGACAUUCAGCCUUUUCUUACCUUCCCAUAACCCUGUAUUUAUUAACACAGAUACUUCCCCUGUUUAUUAUACAAAUAAGUUAUUCUUUUUCCUUUAAUCUGUAAGAUUGCUGAAAUUUGUGGCUGAGGGAGCCAUUUAGCCUUAGGAAAGGAAAAAAAAAACCACCAAGUAAUACUGUUUACAACUUUAUUCAACCUCCUGUCCCACUGCCUGGUCUAACGUAGGUUUUCAACUGGUUCUCUCUGAAUGCCAGCAUUUACAAUCCCAGUCCUUAUCACUCAGGUGCUAGGCAAAUAAAAUAGAGACUUAAGAUCCAAGCUUGCUGGACCAGGAAAAGGGGAGGGGUGACCGGGUCACUGGUAUCCCAACCCUGCAGCCUCAGUCUUUCCUGGAGGCUGAUUUAUCAAUCCGCCCUUUGUCUUCCUUUGCCCAUAAAGUUACUCCAGGGUAGGCGCCUGUCAGGACAGAACAGCAGCAGUGUUAUACCCAGAGUUUACUUCACGUCAACCAAAGAGGCCUCCCAGGCUCCAACAGAGAGUGGUUCUGUAUGGAGAUAUGGGACUGGGUACCUGGUACCAGUAGGGGAAGAUUGUGGGGUGAGGGCGGGGGCAUUGGUGAGGCUGCAGAGGAGAGAGGUGCUUGGCACCGCCAAACCAUGGUCUUAGCCUCCCUGGAGAAGCUGUUUUAUGUGUCUGCUGCCAGCUGCUGGUCUACGCACCCUCAACCGUUCUCAACCCUCCUGCAGGGAGAAGGUCUCCUGGGCACUGUCCUUCCACCUGUGCCAGCCACCCCCUGCCCCACUGCUGAAUGAAGGCCAUUUCAAGCGCUGCUUCUCCCUCCAUUCCUUCAGCUGUUAUUGCUGCAGGGCUACCCUUUUCAGUGCUGUGCUUGUCUAGCCCACCGCCACAGCCCCUCUUGGUCCUCAGCAGGUGGGAGGGGCCAGGUGCCCCUUUAGGACAGUUGCUUCCUCCAUUUAGCCAGACCACUCCUCUCCUCCCAGUGGAAUGGAGCCCUUGCCAGCCCUGCUCCAUCGUCUAUUCAGCUGGUCCCAGCCCAUCUCUAGGGAGAAAAAAACUCACAAGAGCCGCUUCUGCCCUCGCAACCCAUACCAGCUGUUUGUAACCAUCUCCAAGGGAAACGGCAUGGCUCCUUCUCCAUUCAUCUGCAUGAGCUCCUCUUGGCUUCCCUAAGGGGCCAAGAAAGCAAUUUUUCUGCUUGUCAGAUUCACUGAGACCAGCUGUGUGAGCCCCUGUGGGACAAGGGUGUCUCCUUCAUUGCUUAAAGGUAUUUAGAAGGGUGGGUCACUGCAGGUGACCAGGGGAACAAGGGCUGGCAUCAUUUUUUAAAAAAAUCACCACUAGUGGCUGGCCCAGAGUGUGGGUACACACCUUCCCCACCCCAUAAUGCAGCCACUUAGGAAGAGUGGUCUUCCUGAAGAGAAUUUGCUGGAGUUGACUUCCUUAUCUCCAAACUAAAAAACAAAAACAGCUAAAUAUACACAAAAUUUCAGAAACCUACAAGCUAUACACUCUAGGAAAAGAAAAAAAAGCACCCUUCUGUACACUUAGCAAUAAGAGGGAUCUUUUCCCACUUACCCCUACUCCCACCCCUGCCCCAUCCCCACCUCAUUAAUGUGAGUAAUGAAUUAGCUGCCAUAGGUGGUCACUGUAGGCUCUGGAAAAUACCCAAUGGAGGGAAAAGACCCCAUCAGAUGCAUGAAUGUUUGCGAAUGUCGGCUGCCACUGCCCCACUCAGUGUCUUUAUAGAAUCCUCCCUGACCCUACUUCCCCCUCCAACUCCCAGUUUCCACCAUGACACAAAUUGCUCAAAGGCUGGUGACUUGUGGGCCAUUCAUCUCUAACCAAGUCCUGAUGGAACAAGAGGCCCAAGCCUAGGGGAUGCAAGAACGACCCAUUUCUUAAAUGAUACCAGUCCCAGUCAACCUUUUGGUGACAUUCUGGUUAAAUUUCCCAAUUGAAAACGAGCCAACACUCAAACUGGAUGUGUAAAUGU